AACUCGUCCGGCUCCAUGUACUGUGCUAAUGUAAAAGUUAAAGACGCUCAACAAGGAAAGCAGCCUUCGUACCUUUCUUAUUUCUCUCCGCAUCCUUCGUCCUCCGGCACCGUCGUCGUUCCGACCGGACCGAUACCGACUCAUCCGAUGGCUGUAAAGAAUGAAAUUUUUAUAGUUAUCUGUGUGAUCGUAGGUACAAUUGUAAUUAUCGGUGGAAAUGCUGAACUUCAGAGAUUUGAUCAUCCUGCAAAAGCUGAUGGCUCCCUUAGCAUUUUGGUGGUCGGAGAUUGGGGAAGGAAAGGAAAAUAUAACCAGUCUCAAGUUGCUUACCAGAUGGGAAUUACUGGGGAGAAGAUGGACCUAGAUUUCAUUAUUUCUACAGGUGACAACUUUUAUCCCAGUGGUUUAACUGGUGAACAUGAUACCGCGUUUGAGGAGUCAUUUACCAAAAUUUACACUGCACCCAGCUUGCAGAGGCUGUGGUAUUCAGUAUUGGGGAACCAUGAUUAUAGAGGUGAUGCUUUAGCACAAUUGAGUCCAAUUCUCAAACAAAGGGAUGGUAAAUGGUUUUGCCUCAAAUCUUACAUUCUCAGCACAGAUAUUGCAGAGUUCUUUUUCAUCGACACAACACCCUUCCAAGAUAAAUAUUUUACAGAUCCAGGAGAUAAAGUUUACGAUUGGAGAGGCGUGCUUCCUAGAGAAAAAUAUCUUACAACCAUUUUGAGAGAUCUUGAAUCAGCAUUAGGAGAAUCUCAUGCAAAAUGGAAAAUUGUGGUUGGUCAUCAUACCAUUAGAAGUGGGGGAAUUCAUGGCGACACCCAAGAGCUUGUAAAAAGACUUCUUCCAAUUCUGAAGGUUAAUAAUGUUGAUAUGUACAUAAAUGGACAUGAUCAUUGUUUGGAACACAUCAGCAGUGGAGACAGCCCUCUUCAAUUUUUUACAAGUGGCGGAGGUUCAAAAGCGUGGAGAGGUAAUUAUAGUUGGUCGUCUAACGAAAAGGACCAGAUGAAGUUUUAUUACGAUGGACAAGGUUUCAUGACAAUGCGAAUUACACAAAAUGAAGUUGGGAUAGACUUUUAUGAUGUUGUUGGCAAUAUUUUGCACAAAUGGAGUGCAUCGAAAUCCCUUUUCUCUAUCAUAUAGAUAGACCUGCUUGAUGCUAAUGAUGUCUAUUUAUAAAAUCGUUUACUCCACAUAUCUAUUUGUAAUAUUAAAAUUCUAUAGGUCAGUAUGAACUACUACUACUACUA